AUGUCUUGCCUAGGUGAAAUGGCUGCAACUCUUGCAGCAAUAAGCUAUGCAUCUUCAUCUAAUUUAUAUUCACUUUCUUCUCUUUAAAAAUGCUCUCCUUUCUUACUUAAUUGUAUGAAAGGUUUGAUUUCAGGUUCUGUUAUGUUUUUGCUUCUUACUUUCUUUGCUGAUUAAAUAUUUCCUUAAGAUACCUUGAGAAAUUACCUUCUAUUGAUACUAUCUGGUAUUUUCGGUAUUGGUAUAGGUGAUUCUUUCUAUUUUAAGGCUCUUAACCUCUUAGGUCCAAGAUAAACUAUCUUGCUUGAAACACUUGCCCCUCCAUUUACUGGCUUGAUAUCUUACUUUUAUUAUGGAUCCACUCUUAGUUUAAUUGGGUGGAUAGGAAUAUUCGUGACUGGCUAUGGAGUUUACAUGGUAGUAAACAAAGGAAAUGACGAUGAAUCAAACAAAUAGGAUGUUCUUGUUGUUGAAACAUACUAAAAUGAUAUUGAAUAGGCAACUCAACUCUCUAAUUAAUCAAAUGAGGGUUCUGAUUUUCACAAUGUCUCUCCAAUGCAAAAGCCAUUACUGAUAACUAAAUCUGAAAAAUCUAUUAAUUAUUGCACUAAAGAAUAAUUUUGGGGCUUAAUUAAUGGAUUAGCAUUCACAUUUUGCUAAUCUUUAGGUAUGGUAUUUUCUCAUAGUGCUGCGGGAUCUGGUUAAUUUACUUCUCUACAGAGCUCAUUAGUAAGAAUGAUAGCAGGAUUGCUUUCUGUCAUUAUUAUAAUGCUUUUUCAAAGAGAAAAGUUCUACUGGCCUUGUGAAAAUAAAUAAAAGUCCUAUUUCUUUUUAAGUGGAAUAGCAGUUGGACCUUUCUUCGGCAUCUGGUGCUAGUAAACCUCUCUACUUUAUACGAGACCUGAGAUAGCCUAAACAAUUAUUGCUACUUCACCACUUUUUGGGUUAGUUAUAAGCUGGCUCAGAGGCGAAUAAAUGAAAGCUAAAUAUAUUAUUGGUUCUAUAGUAUCAAUAGUAGGAGUAAGUAUGAUCAUUUGGUUCUGA